UCCGUCCGUUCUUAUCUCCCCCCCGCAGAACCAAAACCGAAGCUGCCAUCAUGAGAUAUCUUGUACCUCUACUCCCCUUUUUCCUGCUCUAUACUUAUCACUACACCAUCCCCCGCCAAGAUCUCCCCUCUCAUCGUCAGCAACCAAGAAAACAUGACCCCCAUCCCCAGAACACAAACCGCCGCAUGGAUCGAGAAUCCGCGCCCGCACGCGCAACUGGAAUUGCGGCAUGAUGUGCCCGUCCCCGAGCCGGUGGGAGGAGAGGUGUUGGUCAAGUUGGAGUGUACUGGUUUCUGCCACUCAGAUCUGCAUUGCAUUUACGGGGAGUUGCCGAUGAGUGUUAAUGUGGUUGGGCAUGAGGGGGUGGGGAGGGUGGUGAAGCUCGGUCCGAAUGCUCCGAGGGACAUGUUGGGGAUGCGGGUUGGUAUCAAAUGGUUAUGGAGUAGUUGCAAGGAUUGUCCGACGUGCAAGGUCCAGUAUACCAACUGUCCGAAUCAGAGGAACUCGGGGAGGGUGUACUUCGUGUCGCCGAUUCCGGAGAACUUAGAGCCGGAGACUGUUGCCCCGUUGCUGUGUGCUGGUCUCACCAUGUACGGCGCAUUGAACAAGCUAGACAAGUACUGCGACAAGGGCGAUUGGGUGGUGAUCAUGGGUGCCGGCGGGGGGCUUGGUCAUCUAGGAAUCCAAAUCGGCAAGGAAAUGGGCUACAGAAUCAUUGCUGUGGAUAGCGAAUCUAAACGAGACUUCUGCAUGCAAUCCGGCGCAGAGGCAUUUGUUGAUUUCAGCGACGACCCCACAACCCAAAUCCAAUCCCUGGCCGACGGCAUCGGCGCCCACGCCGUGAUCGUGGUCGUCGGCCUCGAAAAGGCCUACGAGCAGAGCGUGGAGUUCCUCCGGCCCGUCGGCACCUUGGUCUGCGUGGGCCUGCCCCGGCCGGACUAUCACCUCCCCAUCUCGCCGCUGAUGUGCGUGGACCGCGGGUACCGGAUCGUGGGCAGUGCCGUGGGCACCGAGGACGAGAUGCAGGCGCUGCUGCGGAUGGCGGCGGCGGGGAAGGUGGUCACCCAUGUGACGGUGUUCGAUCUAGAGGCGAUCAAUGAGGUGGCGGGUUUGUUGGGACGGUUUGCGGUGAAGGGGAGGGCGGUGCUGCGUAUCCCGGCUUAGGGGCCGGACUCUAUAUCCUUAGCCUAUUGGUUGGGCUGGAGAGGAGGGGCUGAGGUGGGGGUGCUUUUUUCUCUCUCUGAGAGUCGGAGGUCCUUUGGGG